AUGGAACUGCCCACUGUUGUGCAGGAGAAGCUAAUCGAAUUGCACGAUGAAAACAACCAGCUGAAAGUGAUUGAGCAGAAGAACACAAGUUGUCAUCGACUGGAAGAACAGAUAGAAGUGCUGGCCACGUCGCUACAAUCAGCAAAUCGCCUAAAUACGCCGACUAAGCCCGAACGGCUUCAAGAAGAAAGAGACGAUGCCGUAUUCGAGUUACAGCGAGCUGCACACCGCAUUGCAGCACUAGAAGAGGAAAGGAACGACUAUGCUGAACGAGCUGAGGCGGCGUCAUCGGAAGCACGUGACAUGGCUCGGCAUAAUAAGGAGCUUCGUGAGCAGCUGCAUGAUUUGGAGGCCGAACUUGUAGCAUCUCGAACUAAUACUAAUGUUGCGAACAGAGGUAACUCUAUGUUUGCCGAAUUUGCGGAGGAACGCGUCAGGCUCGAAGGUGAUUUAAAGUUGCUUUACUGCAAGUACAGUGCUCUUCGUAAGGAAAACUGCCAGCUGGCAAACGAACUUGACGAAGCACGCCUGCUAGCUCUACGUCGAGGAAGAAGAGAG